AUGGCUCCGAAAAGAAAAAAACCCGCAACCAAGAAAGCCAAAAACGUCCAAGAAGUUGAUUCUGGUAGUCAACCCCCAACAAAGAGAAAACGCGGCGGUAAAAAAAUUGAUCCUGACGCCAUGGACAUUGAUGAUCCUGGUACUGCUGACAGCCAGAUGACUGUACCAACAAGGUCUAUGCGCACACGAAAAGCGCUCCCAACUGCACCUCGGGACCCUCUUCCUGCUCGGGAUGGUCGCAACUCCCAUCCCGGGCUGAUUGUUGCUCCACGCUCAAAGCGGACUUCUGGACAGGUCGCUGCCGAGAAGGUAGCUAAAGACAACGCCUGGUUAGCUGCAGAAGCUACCCAUGCUGCAAAUAUGACUCAACUAAGCGAAAUGUUUGCGGCUGAGGAGACUGGCCGGGAGAUGGAAGAGAAUUUGAUUCCAACGCAAAAGCCUAGAGAGAAUGAACCAAGUGGUCUGGAUAUAGAGGCAGAGAGCGAAGAUGAGGAGCCUUCUAAAGUGAAAACGGGCCGCAAGAAAAAACCUGUUAAGGGAGAAACUCGGGCUCUGGUGGAGGGGGUGGAGAAGGCACUUGAGAUUGAAAGACUGGAGAGUAGGCUUGAAGCCCUCCGAAGAGGGGAAACAAAAGCUACAAUAGACAAUGUAGUUGAGGCGAAGAAGUGA